AUGAUGUCGCCUUCCUCACUGUUCUUGAUCUUUGCUCUGGUGCUUAAUCCGGCCGUCGGUUAUGUGAUGCCAGAUGGGCACACAGGCAAACUCCCUUCGCUUGGCUGGAACUCGUGGAACGCAUAUCAUUGCGACAUCGACGAGGAUAAGGUCUUGGCAGCUGCACAGGCUCUCGUGGAUCACGGUUUGCGAGAUGCCGGUUACACCUAUGUCAAUAUCGACGACUGCUGGUCAGAGAAGACCGGCAGGGUGAAUGGCCACAUCAUGCCAAACAUGACUCGCUUUCCGGACGGCAUCAAUGGGCUUGCCGAUAAGGUCCACGGUAUGAACCUCAAUAUGGGUAUCUACAGCACGGCUGGGAAUGCAACGUGUGCCGGCUACCCAGCAAGUCUGGGAUAUGAAGAUGUCGAUGCCGGUGACUUCGCUUCUUGGGGUAUUGAUUACCUCAAACUGGACAACUGCAACGUAUAUCCUCUCAAUUGGACAGACCAGUUCAUAUACUGCACGCAAGAUCGUUCUGACAUCAACCUCACGGCCAACGGAACUUGUACGCAACAGCUCGAUCCCGACCUGGCACCAGCAGGAUACGACUGGCGGUCAUCCAACACGUAUGAGCGAUUCACCCGCAUGCGGGAUGCCUUGGCAGCACAAAAGCGGGAGAUGUUGCUGUCCCUCUGUAUCUGGGGAUAUGCCGACGUGUAUGACUGGGGAAACGAGACUGGCAUUAGCUGGCGAAUGUCUGGCGACAUUGGGCCAUAUUGGAAUGCAGUGACGCGAAUCCUGAAUAUCAACUCUUUCAAGCUGAACAGCGUCAAUUUCUGGGGACACAAUGAUGCAGACAUGCUGGAAGUGGGCAAUGGGAACCUAACAUUCGAAGAGACGAGGUCGCAUUUUGCCUUUUGGGCAGCAAUGAAGUCGCCUUUGCUCAUCGGCACGGACUUGACCAACCUGUCACAGACCAACAUCGACUUGCUGAAGAACCACUAUCUGUUGGCGUUCAACCAGGAUGAUGUGUAUGGUGCGCCAGCCACACCAUACAAAUGGGACUGGACGUGGGAUCCUUACUCUCCUGCUGAAUACUGGUCCGGAGCAUCGCAGAUGGGACAUUUGGUAUUGAUGCUAAAUCCAAGUAACGACACAGCGCAGCAUAAAGAGGCUGUUUGGUCCGAGAUCCCAGGACUCUGUGAUGGAUCAUAUGAGGUGACUGACGUUUGGACUGGUCAAGAUAUGGGUUGCCUGCAAUCGUAUUCGGCGGAAGUGGCCGUCCAUGAUACCGCUGCGAUUCUGGUGGGCAAGAGAUGUUAG